AUGCGGAAAUAUGUUUUAAUGUGUGUUGAUUGGGUAAAUGCUAUAUUCCUUAUGGCUAAUUUAGAUAGUCCAAAAGAAAAGUUGGAUCUUUUAAAAAAUUCUUUUGCCGCUUUUUGUACAUUUGAACAAGCAGCAACAACAGCCUCCUUAAAUAAUUCAACACAAAAUUCCCCUCUAAAUCAAUUAUUUUUAUGUAAUGGAUCUGUAUUACCGAGAGAAUUUUCUUCUUCUUCUUCAACAUCUACACAACAACAACAACAACAACAAUGGAUGAUUGGAGGGGAUUCAAGUCUUUUAGCUAAUAAUUUAGUUGGAAGAGUUUUGGAUGAUUUAGUUAUUCCUCUCAGAAAAUUAUGUUUAUCUGAACAAGAAAGAGUUGCCUUGACUGCUUUAAUUUUAUUAGAUGGAGAUAGUCGAAGUUCUUUAGGAGAUCCAGAAAGUGGAGAACAUUGUGGUUUAUAUCAAAUAAAAGAUAAAUUACAAAAUGCAUUAUUUCAACAUGUUAGAGAACGUUGUGAUCAAUCAAUUAACAGAGCCAGUUCUCGUUUUGCAAAUAUUUUAUUAUUAUUACCUGCUGUAGCUAAAGUUUCAUCACUUUAUUUAGAAAAUGUUCAAUUAGCUAGAAUGUUUGGAAAACAAUCAUUAAAUCCUUUAUUGUCUGAAAUUUUUGAUAAUAAUGGAGGAGGAAAUGGAGUAAAUAAUAAUUAUUUAUUAGAACAACAAUUAAAUAAUGAAGAUUUUUUAAUUAAUUCCCCUCCCUUAUGUCAACCAAUUUCUUCUGGAAGUUGUAAAAGUAAUACAAGCAGCAGCAGCACUAGUAGUAGUAGUAGUGGGUGUAGUAGUAGUAAUAGUUGUAUUAAUAGAUCAACAGUAACAACAAAUAAUAAUAAUUUUGGGUUUUCUAAUGCAUUUAAUAACACUUCUCAACUACUCGAUCAUCAUCAACAACAUAUCCACUCUUCUUCUUCAAUUAAUUCCUCCUCCUCUUCUUCUUCUACUGCCAAUAAUGUUUAUACUAAUAAUAAUGGACAGCAAUUACUUUGUGGAAUGGAACAAUUAUUAUUAGCUCCAGUAUAUCAACCAGAAACACAAAUUAGUGAAUUAUCUUCUCCUGAAGCUAAUAAUCAACAAAAUAAUUCUUUUGUUUCUUUGACUAUGGAAACUGGGGGAGAAAUAAAUGGAAAAAAUAAUGAAACAAAUAUUAUAAAUUCUGAUUAUUUUGGGGAAUUGUUUUCUGAUAUUGGAAAUAAUAUAAUAACAGAUAAUGAAUGUAUUAGUACAACAAAUACAGAAAUUGUCGGAGGAGAAAAGCAAAAAGGAGAAGCAAUUAAUAUUGGAGGAGGAGGAGUAAUUGAUAGAGCUAAUAAUUGGAGACAACAAAAGCAAUAUCGUUCUCUUCAAGUAGAAAGUGAUUGUGUUGGAAAUAUUAGUAGACACGGUCCUCGACAUAUGUCUGCAUGUUCACCUCCAUUAAGUACACAAUCUUGUAGUAUUGGAGGGGCUUUUUAUCAAGUAAUUUAUUUUAAAAAUAAUUAA